AGUUGUAUACUGGAAAGGAGCAUAAAAGUCGUCUGAGUCGUCUGUCUUGUCUGUGGAUCACAAACACGAGAUCGGCUGAGAGUGACUAAUCACCCCUCUCCCUCCGUCAUUUCGCCUCGGAAUUCCGAGCCCGAAGAACAACUCAACUCCCAGCCAUGAGAUCUCCACACCUGAAACGAGGGGACAGGCCUCCCCCACGUAAGAAGGCCUGCCAAAGCUGCACGAAAUCCAAAGUUCGCUGUGAUCUUGAGAGACCUGUCUGCUCCCGAUGCAAGUCACUUGGCCGACCGUGCGAAUAUCCAUCCAAUCCUCCUGUUUCUGUCCCUCCGACCGAGCCGAAUUACACGACUCGAGAACGCUCCAUCGAAAGGACACCAGUGUUAUCGAUCCUAGGGACGCCAGGGCUGGGUCAGACUUCGGGGAUGCCUAUAGCAGUGCCAUAUGGCCUUGAAACCCCUAUCUGGUCACCUCCAAUUCACCCACGCAGACAAGUGAUUCGCAGUGGCCGUGAACUUGACUUGAGAAAUAUUGAUCUGGUUCCCAGCGGCAAUGCGGAGGAUAUUCGCGAUCGAUGGCUUCGACCGUAUAUACUGCCUCCCUUGGGUCGAGAUGAAGUUCCCAAGGCCUAUCAUCCGUUCACACUGCAAUAUAUCUCGAUGACCUUGAGUACAUAUCCUCGGUCCAUGCUGAAGGAUGGCGAUGUCCCACCGAUAGUCCAUCGACUGCAGGUCGGACGACAAAUGCCACCUGCCAUGGCGAACUGUUACAGUCUCGUGCGGAUGUGGGAGCAAGCUGCAGCUGGAAGUGAAGCGCUGGUGGUGGAUACUGUAGAGAAAGAAAUGGAACGAUUAGCCAACGAGACACCGAGUUUGUACGACAUCGAUCUCCUAGCAGCCUUCCAGGCGUACCUCAUCUACUCCAUAAUGCUGUACCUCUCCCCUCUGGCAGGAUCACCUGCGAUCACCGACAAGGUCAUGAUCACCCUGAUGGAGAUGGCCUUUCGUACUGCUCGCAAUGGGCUCUUCUGCGCUGCUGAGAUCUCCCAUACAAGACCCAGCUGGGAAUCCUGGAUAGUCGCAGCCGCCAAACGACGAACGAUCUUCACCAUGUAUUUGUUCUGCAGCGUUUAUAAUGCCGACCGGAUGCUGCCUAACUUUAUCGCGGACGAAGUAAAGGGUGUUUUCGCACCGGAGGCUAAAUCACUGUGGGAAGCCACCGAUCGGGAAACCUGGGAGAGAGAGUACGAUCGACAUCUGCUCAGUUGGGAAGACGGGAUGCUGGAGAUCUCGGAGCUCUGGAGGUCAGCAGAAACGGGGACGCCGCAGCGGCGAGAAAGGAUCGGACGGUGGCUGAGAACAGUCGACGAAUUUGGGAUGACGAUGUUCGGCGUGACGACCCACGUCCACGGCUGUUGAUACCUGCCUUCCGCAUUGGUCAGUGCGCCACCUCGGAAUUCCGAUCAGGAACUCCGAGCGGGCGGGUAUGACACCAUGGGUAGGACGAGG